AUGUUAUCGGACGAUAUUGGUUUAGAUACAUUUAAUAAUAGUAAGAAAUAUUCAGAUAAUGUACCACUCUUAAGAAGAAGUGGUGGCAGCGGUGAAGAGGGUGACCAUGAAACGUCACAGCCAACAUACGGAUCGACACCCACCAAGUAUGUAGCGAUGCGUAAACUUACAUUGGGAGAAAAGAUAUCGUAUGGUCUUGGUGAAGGUGGUCUUUCAAUCUAUCAGGUCAUCAAAGGUUUCUUCUUGAAUACAUUCUUGCUGUCGGUCGCUAAAAUGGAUCCACUCUAUUCAGCACUCAUUCUUUUCACAACAAAAGCAGUCGAUGCAUUUUCAGAUAUUUUCGUUGGAUCACUCUCCGACCGUACCAAAUCACGUUGGGGUAGACGUCGUGUUUGGAUUCUCUUCGGAGCAUUACCAUUAGCAUGUCUUUAUUGUGCACUUUGGUUUGUUCCACCAUUUGGACAGAUAGCAAAAGUAGCAUAUUAUCAAAUAGUUGUAAUUCUUUUGAGUAUUGCCUAUACUUGUGUAGCUAUUCCAUAUUCGGCUAUGAAUGCAGAAAUUACUGAUGAUUAUGAUGAACGUACAAAUUUGGCUGGUCUACGUAUGAUUUCUAUGAUGUUGGGUGGUGUAGUUUCAUCGUUUGUACACUCAAUGUUGAUUACUGUGUUUACAAAGGAAGAGGAUGGCGUUGAAGUCACCAACUACGAAAAAGGUUAUUUGCUGAGUGGUGGUGUUUGGGGUUUCGCUAUGAUGAUUCCUCUGGGUAUCACUUUCUAUGGCACGAGAAACAUCAAGAAUGUCAACAACACUUCGGAAUCACACGUACCAUUUUUCAAGGGUCUCGCUGUGAUGUUUUCGAAUCGUGCUUUCAUCACUGUAACACUGUUUUUGUACUUUAUCCCACGUGGAAACAUGCCGCUGGUUUGGGGUGUCGCUGCAUUCGGUGGAAUCGGUGUGGCUGUUGCAUUCCUGGUGCCAAUGUCAAUGUUGCCCGACGUCGUCGAGUUGGACGAGCUCAAGACAGGCGAGCGUCGUGAAGGUAUUUUCUACAGUUUGUUUUUGUUCUUCCAGAAGCUCGGAUUGUCCGUCGGUCUUGCCGUAUCGAAUUUCGUGCUUAGCGCAGCCGGCUACACUUCACCAGACUCUAUCGAUGGCAGCAGCGAUGAGAUCAUCGACAACAACAAAGAGAACGACACUGUUAUUUUCGCAUUGCGUAUGCUUGUCAGUGUAGUGCCAGCAGUCAUUGUAUUAUUUAGUUUCGUAGCAUUUAAAAAUACCAUCUUUGGAAAAGGUAAUUAUUUCAAACAUGGAGAUUGUGUUAAAUCGGGAUCAUCAAAAAUUGAUGACUUAUUUGAUGUUUUAGAUAGAAUUGACAUGUUGAUGUUAAUAAUCGCGUGUGGUACAUAA